AUAAAUAAUUGACAGAUUUAUAGACUUUUUAGGUUAACCUGAUUGCUAGUGGUCGAAGUUGUGUAAUUCUGUAGGAAAUUAAUAUAUUAUUUAAAGAAUGAUUUCAGUGAUGAUGUCCCAGAAAUUGUGUGCUUCGGGAAGGCUGUUAAAAUCUAAUUUCAAACAUAAAAUUUUGCAGUCGUUUAGUUAUGUCAAUAUUCGUAACAUAAAUUCAAUAAAAAGAGAGCUAAUUUUUAAAUCCAAAUCUUUUUAUGUACCAAAAAGGAACUUUUAUAGAUUGUUUAGGAGGGAGACGAAAGAACAAUUAAAAAUUAAAGAUGAAGUCCCAGAUCAAUAUACUUUGAUAUAUCGCAGUACUAUGGAUAGAUAUAUCUUAUAUGCUCAAAUUAUUACUACUUUCACCGCAUUAAUUGCAAUAGUAACCACUAUUGUUAAACAUGAUUUCUCAAAUCCUCAGUUAGAUUUUUCCGAGUUUAGGACACAUCCCCGAGAAGUUGAUAAUGAGAUAUACGUGUAUAUGACUGCAUUUAUUACUAUAGUUGUGAUACUGCAAGUAAUGAUAUCUCGUUUGCCUAUCAGGAUAUAUAAUUUACCACAACAAAAGAAAUAUAUAUUUGUAUUUCAUGGAAAUUAUCCAUUUUCCAAAAGGAAGCUGGUAUGUAAAAUAGGAGAUGUUGUUCCUUUACCAGAAACAGGAGUUCUGCCAUGGAAAGAUGGAAGAUAUUUAAUAAAGAACGAACAAAAACUUAUUUUAGUGGAUAGGUAUUUCCGAAGACCCGCUGAUUUGUAUAUAAUGUUAGGAGUUCAGAGGGACCCUGAUGUAGAUGAAAAUGAAUAAAUAGUAA